GCGCGCGCGCCGAUCGCCUCACCGCAUGAUUCGCGAGCUUUCGCUUAGUAAACAGUUAUCGUGCGUGCACAAAAAUUCGUCUUUCAAUUGUUUAAGCGAAGUGAACGUGCCCCAAAUACAGGAUCCAUAAAGCGUUGUGGAAGAUGCCUAAUCAUAAUUAAAGAGUGGUUUACACGAUGUCUGUUGGCAGCCAGUUGAGCCGCCGGCUCACGCUGUUACUGGCCACGGUCUUAGCAGCAACACUAUGUUUGGCCGACCCAGAGGUUUACUUUGAGAAACAGCGGUACGAUGGCUGGUACAACAACAGAGCAUAUCCUGAUUGGGGAUCAGUCGACAGCCGCCUCAUCCGCAAGACUCCAGCCUCAUACGCUGACGGAGUAUACAUGAUGGCGGGCACAGACCGGCCCGGCGCCCGCACGCUCUCCAAGAUCUUCAUGCGAGGGCAGGAUGGCCUUCCUUCGGUGGCCAACCGAACUGCUUUACUAGCAUUUUUCGGUCAGGUGGUGACGGGUGAAAUCGUGAUGGCAUCAGAAUCCGGCUGCCCCAUCGAGCACCACCGCAUCCCUGUGGACAAAUGCGACCACAUGUACGACCCUGACUGUGAGGGCGUCAAGCAUAUGCCCUUCUUGCGAGCAGCCUACGACCGGAACACGGGGCAGAGCCCUAAUAGUCCUAGAGAACAAAUCAAUCAAAUAACGUCAUGGAUAGACGGCAGCUUCGUGUACAGUACUAGCGAGGCGUGGGUGAAUGCAAUGAGGUCAUUUCAGAAUGGAAGCUUAUCUAGUGAAGGAGGAAUGCCCUUGCGUAACACAAAAAGGGUGCCGCUCUUCAACAAUCCAGUUCCUCACUACAUGCGAAUGCUGAGCCCAGAAAGACUAUUUCUGCUAGGAGACCCCCGAACAAACCAAAACCCCGCCAUGGUGACGUUUGGCAUCCUGCUCCUGCGCUGGCACAACGUGGUCGCGGCGCGCGUCCACCGCCAGCACCCCGACUGGAGCGACGAGCAGCUCUUCCAGCGGGCCAGGAGAAUCGUCAUCGCCAGUCUACAGAAUAUCAUCCUUUACGAAUACGUGCCAGCAUUCCUCGGGGUCCCAAUCCCACCGUACAAAGGCUACAGAGCCGAAGUGGCUCCCGGCGUGUCACACGCAUUCGCUACGGCCGCCUUCCGAUUUGGUCACACGCUAGUCCCACCAGCCAUUCUGCUUCGCGAUAGAAACUGCCGCUACAGCCGAGCUCCAGGUGGUCAUGACGCUAUCAGAUUAUGUCAGACUUGGUGGGAUGGCAAUGACGUGAUGUCACAAGUUCCAAUAGAAGAAGUGCUAAUGGGCAUGGCAUCGCAGCUGUCGGAGCGAGAAGACGCGCUGCUCUGCUCAGAUGUUCGCGACAACUUGUUCGGGCCUAUGGAGUUCUCGCGGCGGGAUCUUGGCGCACUCAACAUCAUGCGAGGGCGGGAUAACGGACUCCCGGACUACAAUACCGCCAGGGAAUACUUUGGUUUGAAGAAAGUGAAGACGUUCAACGAGAUUAACCCCGAAUUAUUUGAAAAUAACCCUGAACUCCUGCAGCGACUGAUCCAAGUUUACGAAGGUCGCCUUGACAACAUUGACGUCUACAUAGGUGGAAUGUUGGAAUCAAGUGGACAUCCUGGUGAACUAUUCAGAGCUAUAAUCAUUGAUCAAUUCACAAGAAUUAGAGACGCUGAUAGAUUCUGGUUCGAAAGCGAUCAAAAUGGAAUAUUCACACAAGACGAGAUAGACGAGCUCCGACACAUCACCCUCUGGGACAUCAUAGUGAACAGCACCGCUGUGGGGCCACAUGAUAUACAACGAGACGUCUUCCACUGGAACGCCGGCGAUCCGUGCCCGCAGCCCUACCAGCUCAAUGCAUCGAAACUCGCACCCUGCAAGUACCUCAGAGGCUACGACUAUUUUGAGGGAAACGAGUUCGCGUACAUCUACACGUGCCUGGCACUAGUGUUCGUUCCAAUAUUGUGUGCGGGUGCAGGGUAUGGUGUAGUGAAACUACAAAAUAGCCGACGGCGCAAACUGAAGAUACAGCAAGAGCAAAUCAAGAAUGCGUCGCAGAAAGGAUCAGUUGACAAGAUGGUUUGCCGUGAAUGGGUGCACGCGUCACACAAACGGCUGGUGAAACUGCGACUUGGCCCGGAACCUGCGCUGCACGUUACGGACAGGAAGGGUGACAAAUUGCGAACCGUGCCUCUUCACCACACCGAUCAGCUCACUGUACUGGAGAGCCAGGACACGCGCAACAGCAAGCGGCCAUUGGUGCUGAUCCGAGCGCCGCGCGAACACGACCUCGUGCUGGAAAUGGACUCGGCCGCGUCGCGCCGCAAGUUCCUCGUCAAGCUUGACGCCUUCCUCGCACAGCACAAGAAGGCGCUUAACCUCAACCAGGGACACCGUGAACAAAUAUUAGCGACAGCAGAAACACGUGAACGCAGACAACGCAAAUUGGAACAUUUCUUCAGAGAAGCAUACGCCAUUACAUUUGGCCUUGCACCCGGAGAAAAGCGAAGGAAAAACGAGGAUGCUGACCCUGAGUCUAUUGUAAUGAGGACGUCGCUGUCAAAGUCAGAAUUUGCGAGCGCGCUUGGCAUGAAAGCAGACGCUGUUUUUGUCAAGAAAAUGUUUAACAUUGUCGACAAAGACAGCGAUGGACGAAUAUCAUUCCAGGAAUUUUUAGACACUGUUGUGCUAUUCUCCCGCGGCGCGACAGACGACAAGCUACGGAUCAUCUUCGACAUGUGCGACAACGAUCGUAAUGGCGUCAUCGACAAGGGAGAACUUAGCGAGAUGUUGCGCUCACUCGUCGAGAUCGCUCGCACCACUUCCUUGAGGGACGAGCACGUCACGGAACUCAUUGAUGGCAUGUUCUCUGACGCCGGCCUUCAGCAUAAAGACCAUCUUACGUAUUCGGAUUUCAAAGUGAUGAUGAAAGAGUACAAGGGAGAGUUUGUGGCCAUCGGGUUAGACUGCAAAGGCGCUAAACAGAACUUCUUGGACACCUCUACAAACGUAGCUAGGAUGACUAGCUUCCACAUUGAACCGUCAAUGGAACAAUCCAGGCACUGGAUACUUUUGAAAUGGGAUUACUUAACAACAUUCCUAGAAGAGAACAGACAGAACAUCUUUUACCUAUUCAUCUUCUACGUCGUAACCAUAGGCUUAUUCGUUGAACGAUUCGCACACUAUUCCUUUAUGUCAGAACAUCUGGAUCUGAGGCACAUUAUGGGCGUCGGAAUAGCAAUAACAAGAGGAUCAGCUGCCUCUCUGUCAUUCUGCUACAGUUUACUACUGCUUACAAUGUCGAGGAAUUUGUUAACGAAACUGAAAGAAUUCAGCAUCCAACAGUACAUCCCCCUGGAUUCCAGCAUCCAGUUCCACAAGAUCGUGGCGUGCACAGCUCUGUUCUUCUCGCUGCUUCACACGGCGGGUCACAUGGUGAACUUCUACCACGUGUCCACGCAGCCUGUUGAGAACCUGCGCUGCCUCACGAAGGAGGUCCACUUCACGUCGGACUUCAGGCCGGGGAUCACUUAUUGGGUGUUCCAAACAGUAACAGGCAUUUCUGGAGUGCUGUUGUUCGUGAUAAUGUGCAUCAUCUUCGUGUUCGCCCACCCAACGAUCCGCAAGCGCGCGUACCCUUGGUUCUGGCGCGCACAUUCUCUCCACGUCGCACUGUACGCGCUGUGCCUGGUCCAUGGCCUCGCGAGGCUCACUGGGGCUCCGCGUUUCUGGAUAUUCUUCCUUGGACCCGCUAUUAUAUACACAUUGGAUAAGGUAGUCUCACUUCGAACAAAAUACUUGGCCUUAGACGUCCAAGAAACGGAAAUGCUGCCCUCAGAUGUCAUCAAAAUCAAAUUUUACAGACCUCCUAAUCUGAAGUAUCUAUCAGGUCAAUGGGUCCGCCUAGCAUGCACAGCGUUCAAAAAGGAAGAGUUCCACUCGUUUACGCUGACAUCCGCGCCGCACGAGAAUUUCCUCUCCUGCCACAUCAAGGCGCAGGGGCCGUGGACGUGGAAACUGAGGAACUACUUCGACCCCUGCAAUUAUAACCCUGAAGAUCAUCCCAAGAUAAGAAUCCAAGGCCCAUUCGGCGGAGGAAACCAAGACUGGUACAAGUUCGAGGUGGCGGUGAUGGUGGGGGGCGGCAUCGGUGUCACGCCCUACGCGUCUAUCCUCAACGAUCUCGUCUUCGGAACUUCCACCAAUCGGUACUCCGGAGUUGCGUGUAAAAAGGUAUACUUCCUGUGGAUCUGUCCGUCGCACAAGCAUUUCGAGUGGUUCAUCGACGUUCUCCGCGACGUCGAACGCAAGGACGUCACCAACGUGCUCGAGAUUCACAUCUUCAUCACGCAGUUCUUCCACAAGUUCGACCUUCGGACUACCAUGCUGUAUAUUUGCGAGAACCACUUCCAGCGACUAUCACGCACCUCCAUGUUCACGGGUCUGAAGGCGGUAAAUCACUUCGGCCGGCCCGACAUGUCCUCCUUCCUGAAGUUCGUCCAGAAAAAACACAGCUACGUAUCGAAGAUUGGCGUGUUCUCUUGUGGGCCGCGGCCGCUCACCAAGUCUGUGAUGUCUGCCUGCGAACAAGUCAACAGAACGCGUCGGCUGCCAUACUUCAUACAUCACUUCGAGAACUUCGGCUAGUCGCUUGGCUAGGCUAGAUACUAGUACACCUCACGAGUAUAGUGCCAUUACAGUAUUUAGUAUAGAGCCAAUA